CAUUUCCUAAAUGACACUCAUUCAGAAACAACACGGAACUCAAAACACUUUUAGUGGUCCGGAAACAAAUUUUAACAAAAACUUUCAUUUUGUUUACUUGACCAUUUCGUUUAGUCUGCGAUCAAGCUAAAAUUAUAAAAAUUUUCUAGUUAACCUCGAUAGGUUCUUUAUAACCAUGGCUCCUUUUAAGUGUGUUUUUAUGGUACUGACAUUUCUGAUCUGCGGUUCUAUAGCAAAAGAGUACAAUGUCUUCUGUCAAUAUGAUAUGGCCUCCUACUAUUUCAAAGAACGCAGUCAAUUCUUUGACUGGAACUUGGACUCUAGACUUUGCACUCACCUGGUCAUUGGUUCGGGUGUAGGUGUAGAUGGAGAGACCGGCGAAUUGAAGAUCACCGAUCGACAUCUCCUCCUGGAUAAGAAUAUGCUAACUAGCGUUAGGAACAUGAAGGUUGAUAGCAUAAAAAAGGUGAUGUUCACCAUUGGUGGCUGGCAGGAAGAUUCCCAUCACUUCUCCACGAUGGUAGCCUCUCCGAACAAGCGAGACAACUUCUACACCUCGAUUCUAACGUUCAUGAACGAGUGGGGAUUCGAUGGAGUCCAGAUCGAUUGGCGUUAUCCCACUCAGCGCGGUGGACAGCCGGAGGAUCGGAAGAACUUUGUGCUUCUAUUAGAGGAACUAAGUUUAAUCUUUCGGGAGCAGAAGUUAAUCCUCGUGGUAACUGUGUUGGGUCGAACGAACCAGCGGAACCUUGAGAGCUACGACAUUCCCGGGAUAGUAAAGAACUCUGACUUUGUCCACCUAAUGAUGCACGACGAACGGGAUGCAUAUCGCCUGCGUUUGGGCUACAAUGCUCCACUUCACGGAUCUGGAGACACAGUAGCCAAUGCCAUUAAACUUUGGAAGAGGCAGGGAAAGGCACCCGAGAAACUCAUCCUUAAUAUUCCCCUCUUCGUUCGCUCCUAUACCAUGGAUAGGGAUCAAUCGACGGUGGGAUCGCCCUGCAAAGGACCCGGCAAGCGAACAAAGUUGUCCCAUCGCGAUGGCUUCAUGACCUACAACGAGUGGUGCGUGCAGGAGUCCAACUGGACCAGGAAGUUCGACAAGGUGGCCAAGGUGCCGUAUGCCGUGCGAGGUGAUCAGUGGGUGAGCUACGAGAAUGCCCAAAGCAUCUGGGCCAAGAUGCACUUGCUCCAGAAGCACAAACUGGGUGGCGCCAUGGCCUGGACCGUCGAUGUGGAUGACUUCCAGGGAUUUUGUGGCGAGCGUCAUGGUUUGCUCCACGUAAUCUUCGCUGCGCUGGGGGAUAAGAAUGCCCUGACAACUGAAAAGCCCACCACUGAGGCUUCUGGUCUCUGCCCCCGGGAUGGUUUCUUCAAGGAUGCCUGGGAUUGCCGCUUAUAUCACGAAUGCCGCAACGGGGAGAGGAUCUACUACGAGUGCCUCGAGGGUCAGUACUUCGAGGAGACCAAGGCCAUCUGCCUGCCCAAAUCGGAGGUCAAGUGCGAAGAUAACUUGGUCAUCUGGCGACCGGGAAUGCCCGUUUACAACUUCAGAAACAUGCCGCUGAACCUCAAGAUUGUUGACUAG